GGCAGUGGUAGCUCUUGCUUCUGCUGUUGUUCCCGCUGUUGUUCCUGUCGUCGUUGCUGCUGCCUCUGUCGCCAUGGCUCAGUACAAGGGCGCCGCGAGCGAGGCCGGCCGCGCCAUGCACCUGAUGAAGAAGCGGGAGAAGCAGCGCGAGCAAAUGGAGCAGAUGAAGCAGCGCAUCGCCGAGGAGAACAUCGUGAAGUCCAACAUCGACAAGAAGUUCUCAGCGCACUACGAUGCCGUGGAGGCGGAGCUCAAGUCCAGCACCGUGGGACUCGUGACCCUGAACGACAUGAAGGCCAAGCAGGAGGCCCUGGUGAAGGAGCGGGAGAAGCAGCUGGCCAAGAAGGAGCAGUCGAAGGAGUUGCAGCUGCAGCUGGAGAGGCUGCGCGAGAAGGAGCGCAAGAAGGAGGCUAAGCGGAAGAUCUCUUGCCUGUCUUUCGCCAUGGACGGAGAGGAGGAGGAGGUGGGCGAGGGGCCGGAGGAGGUGGCCCUGCCCGAGGAGGAGUUGGAAAGGGACGAGAGCACCACGAAGAAGAGGAAAUUGGGGAAGAACCCAGAUGUGGAUACAAGCUUUUUGCCGGACCGCGACCGCGAGGAGGAGGAGAAUCGGCUGCGGGAAGAGCUGCGGCAGGAGUGGGAAGCCAAGCAGGAGAAGAUCAAGAGCGAGGAGAUUGAAAUCACCUUCAGCUACUGGGAUGGCUCCGGGCACCGGCGGACCGUCAAGAUGAAAAAAGGCAACACCAUGCAGCAGUUCCUGCAGAAGGCGCUUGAGAUCCUGCGCAAAGACUUCAGUGAGCUCAGGUCGGCAGGGGUGGAGCAGCUCAUGUACAUCAAGGAGGACCUGAUAAUACCCCACCACCACAGCUUCUACGAUUUCAUCGUCACCAAGGCACGAGGGAAGAGUGGGCCACUCUUUAAUUUCGACGUUCAUGAUGAUGUGCGGCUGCUCAGUGACGCCACUGUGGAGAAGGACGAGUCACAUGCGGGCAAGGUGGUGCUAAGGAGCUGGUACGAGAAAAACAAGCACAUUUUCCCCGCCAGCCGCUGGGAACCCUAUGACCCCGAGAAGAAGUGGGACAAGUACACGAUCCGGUGAACGCAGAGGUGGAGCAGGCUCGCUUCCCCAGGUCCCUUCAGACUCCCCAGUUCCCGGGUCUCCAGGACUCCAGGUGCCCGGCCUCCCCAGUCCUGUGACAUGACUGAUCAUCCCCUGCCCUCGAUGCUGUCAUAUACUGCUUUUUUCUUUCAUGAUAAAGAAGUGCACAUAUUAGAGUCAGAGUACUGUGCUUUAUUUGAAAAAAAAUUUCUGAUAAAAUUCACAUAACAAAGCUCACCAUUUUGGCCAUUUGCAAGUGUACGAUUCAGGGGUAUUUAGUACAUUUACAAUGUUGU